AUGAAGUGCGUAUUUUUAAUCACGGUGGCCAUUGGGCUCGUGUGUCACGUGAGUGCUAGUGUUUGGCCGCACCCGCAUUUGGCAGCCCAGGAACGGGAGGUAUCGCGGUACCUAAAUGGGAUCGAAAACGCAAUCCUAGCCCAUCGCAACACCGCCAGUGAAGCGAAUUGGGCGUACGAUUCCAACAUCACGGACGAUAAUUUGGACGCCAAGAACGAGGUCGCUACGGAAAAUGCCGCUUUCUUCAAGCAAAUCUCGGAGCAUCUCUCUCGGUACGACUACGAAAACUUCCGAAAUCAAGACCUGAAGCGACGCGUGAAGAAGCUCGUGGGAUUGGGCUAUUCCGCGUUGCCGGAGAAAAAGUUUACCGAAAUGCUGGACGCCAUCAACAACAUGAAAGAAAAUUACGCCAAAAUUAAGGUGUGUGAGUAUCGCGAUAGGACCCGUUGUGAGUUGGCUUUGGAACCGGAGCUGACGGAGAUCCUGGCUAACAGUCGUGACCCGGAGGAGCUGAAGUACUACUGGCAGCAGUGGUACGAUGCGGCCGGAGCCCCGACGCGAGAGGAUUUCCAGAAAUAUGUCGACCUGAACAGCGAAGCAGCUAAGCUAAACAAUUAUGACUCGGGUGCCGAAUCCUGGCUAAGCGCGUAUGAGGACGACACAUUCGAAGAACAAGCCGAUGCGGUUAUGGAAGAGAUGAGACCGUUUUACGAACAACUGCACGGUUACGUACGGUACAAGUUGCGCAAGUACUACGGCGAGAGGGUCGUAUCUGAAAAGGGCCCGAUUCCGAUGCACCUGCUCGGUAACAUGUGGGCGCAGGGAUGGGGCAACAUCGCGGACAUUACCAGCCCGUUCGGAGACCGUCAGCUGCUGGAUGUGACGGAUGAGAUGGUCCGACAGGGAUACAAUCCCAUUCAGAUGUUCGAGAUGGGUGACGAGUUCUUCCAGUCGCUGAACAUGACCAAACUGCCUCCAACAUUUUGGGAGAAGAGUAUCCUUGAGAAGCCGGAUGACGGACGCGAUUUGAUCUGUCACGCUAGUGCGUGGGAUUUCUCGAAGCAAGGAGAUGUGCGCAUCAAGCAAUGCACUCGCGUGACGAUGGAGCAGUUCUUCACGGUGCAUCACGAGCUGGGUCACAUCCAGUACUAUCUCCAGUAUGAGAACCUUCCCAGCAUGUAUCGCGGUGGUGCGAAUCCUGGCUUCCAUGAGGCAGUAGGAGAUGUACUGUCGCUGUCAGUAUCCACCCCGAAGCAUCUCGAAAAAAUCGGCCUCCUGAAGGACUUCGUGCUGGACGAGGAAUCGAAGCUCAAUCAGUUCUACCGCUCGGCCUUGACAAAGCUUUCAUUCCUACCGUUCGCUUACACACUGGACAAAUACCGCUGGGGAAUCUUCCGUGGGGACAUUAAGCCUGAAGAGUACAACUGCAAGUUCUGGGAGAUGCGCUCGAAGUACUCAGGGGUCGAGCCCCCGGUAGUUCGCUCAGAAGAGGACUUGGACGCUCCAGCCAAGUACCACGUGUCGGCCGAUGUCGAGUAUCUGCGCUACUUUGUGUCAUACAUCAUCCAGUUCCAAUUUCAUCGUGCUGCUUGUGAGAAGGCAGGAGAGUACGUUAAGGGUGACCCGGAAAAGACGCUGAACGAUUGCGAUAUCUACCAGAGCACCGAGGCGGGUAAUGCCAUUAAGGCAAUGCUCCAGGUGGGAGCAUCUAAGCCGUGGCCCGAUGCGAUGGAGGUCCUUACGGGAGUCAGGCGUAUGAGUGCCGAUGCAAUGAUCGAGUACUUCCAACCGCUGUACGAUUGGUUGGUGGCCGAGAACGAACGUCUCGGAGUACCUGUCGGAUGGGAGGCAUCUGAUAAUUGGUCAACAGCUGGCUAA